GAUAAUGUUGUUCUUGAUUUGGUGCUUGGUGCUGCUGGCAUCGUUGGCGCUUUUCUUCAAGGGGAAGUACUCGAGGUUUUCAUCGUAUGGAGUGAAAUACUUGCGCCCCGUCCCACUGCUGGGAAACAUGUCCAGCAUAUUGUUCCGGAUCGAACACUUCUCGGAACAGAUCUAUAGACUUUAUAAUGAGUUCCCUAACGAAAGGUUUAUUGGCCGUUACGAGUUUCUGAACGCAGUUGUGAUGGUUAAAGACUUCGAACUCAUAAAAAGGAUCACCAUAAAAGACUUCGAGAACUUCCUGGAUCAUAGAAAUAUUCUUGACGAGAAGACAGACCCCCUAUUCGGAAGGAACUUGUUUUCUUUAAAAGGUCAAGAAUGGAAGGAUAUGAGAUCAACCCUGAGCCCAGCUUUCACCAGCUCCAAGAUGAAGCUGAUGGUACCGUUCAUGGUGGAAGUGGGAGACCAAAUGAUAGAAACACUCAAAGCAAAGAUUGAUGCAUCCAAAUCACAAUAUUUGGACGUGGAAUGCAAGGACCUGACCACACGGUACGCAAACGACGUGAUCGCCUCCUGCGCUUUCGGCCUAAAGAUAAAUUCUCUGGUGGAAGAGAACAACGAAUUCUACAGAAGGGGUAAAGAGGCUUCCAACUUCACUUUCCGACAAGUGCUUGUUUUCUUCGGAUCACAAAAUUUUCCUAAACUUAUUCAGUUUUUUAGAAUUGGAAUGUUCAAGGAUGUGACGACGAAAUUCUUCAAGCAGAUAGUGAUGAGCACUAUGAAUGAACGUGAGAUACAGAAGAUUAUUAGGCCAGACAUGAUCCACCUCCUCAUGGAGGCCAAGAAAGGCAAACUAUUGUACGAAGAACAGACAACAAAUGGCUCUGACGCUGGCUUUGCUACGGUAGAAGAAUCUAAUGUUGGAAAGAGGAACAUAAAGAAAGUUUGGUCAGACAUUGAUUUGGUGGCCCAAGCGAUGUUAUUUUUCAUUGCCGGGUUCGAUGCCAUCGCUGCUAUAAUGUGCUUUGCUCUCCACGAAAUUGCUCUUCAUCCUGAGAUUCAGGAUAAGCUGGUAGAAGAGAUCAAAGAGAAUGAGUUAAAAAAUGGGGACAAAUUCGAUUACAACUCCGUACAGAACAUGACAUAUUUGGAUAUGGUGGUUUCAGAGGUUUUAAGGCUUUGGCCACCAGGAAUAGUACUAGAGAGACAAUGCAACAACGAUUAUAAUAUUGGGAAAGCUAACGAUAAAUGCCAAAAAGACUACAUUAUCCGUAAAGGAGAGGGUGUUCUGAUCCCUGUGUGGGGCAUCCACCGCAACCCGGAGUUCUACCCCGACCCCAUGAAGUUCGACCCUGAGAGGUUUUCAGAAGAGAAUAAGCACCUGAUCAAACCGUUUACAUAUUUACCAUUCGGAGUUGGACCUCGGAAUUGUAUUGGGUCCAGGUUCGCAUUGUGUGAAGUGAAGGUGAUGCUGUAUCAACUUUUGCAGCAUAUUGAGCUAUCUCCUAGCGUCAAGACCACCAUUCCCGUAAAGCUCAGCACAGACACGUUCAAUCUGAAAAUGAAAAAUGGGCACUGGGUAAAAAUGAAAUUGAGAGAAUAGCCGUGACUUAUGAAAAUGGGAAUCAUUUUAGACUUAAAUGUCCCAUAAUAAUAAUAAUAAAGAGAAUAAUAAUAAAUGUUUAUUUCAGGCAUAAUAACUCAUAUUAAAAAUAACAAUUACAAUUGCAUUGUCCCAUUUUAUGUUAAAAUUAAAUCGUUGUAUCACAACUCGUCAAUUAUUCUUACUAAAUUCAAACAAUAAUAAUAAAAAAUAUUAUUAAAAAUAAAUAAAAUAUAAUCAUUAUUGAAUUUUAAAUAAUAAUAAUAAACAAUCAAAACUGUAUGACAUAGUUUUACACAUUACAUUAAAUGAAAUAAAUUAAUUAAUAUACAUUAUUAAAACAUUGGCGAUAUGCAGAUAACAGACAGUGUGUAUUAUAUGGACUUUACCAAGAUGAUAUAUGUUAUUGUUGAGUAAAUUGAUGCAAUAAUAUUAUUGUUUGACUCAUGCAGUCUCCUGUGGAACGAUUUCUUUAAUCUAUUUAACAAUACACAUAAAUCGGUUACGUUGUUCUCAGCGAACAUACUAGUCGAACUGCACCGCCAAGGUAGACCAAGUAUUGCACUCAAGGAGUAUUAAAAACAUUCUUCUUAUAAUUUGACCCAUAAUUGGCUGGUGUAAAACGACUGGAAAUAUGUCUUAAACAACGUACAGUGUCUUAACAAGAACAGUGUGCAAACCGCCUUGCGUGCUAAUAUGCUUGAUAUUAGCACGCAAGCGAUCGCCUUUGUCUGUCUAAGUCAUGAUUAUCUUUUAAUGAGUCAGUUAUUAUAUGUCCCAAAUAUUUAAACGUGGUAACUAUAGUUAAUGGACUACCACAUAAUGUUAUUUCUGGGAUGCUUCUAAUUCCGUUACCAGCUUUAAAUAUCAUUACUUCCGUUUUAAUAACGUUAUAUUUAAGGCCAUGUAUAUGCGCAUAUUUUUCACAAAUACCUAACAGCUUACGGAGGCCGGCCACCGAGGGGCUCAGAAGCACCAUAUCGUCCGCAUAGCUUAAGUUAUUAACACAUGCUCCGCCAAUGUGACAACCGACUCUGGUGCUGCUGAGCUCCUCCAGCAGACCAUUCCUAUAAAGAUUAAACAAAACUGUUGAGGUUACUCCGCCCUGCCUAACCCCGCAAUCAAGCUUAUAUGGUACAGAGAGGGACUGUCCCCAUCUGACUUGGUACUCUUGAUUCGAGUACCAAUACUGUAAUAAAUUAAUUAUUCUUGUAGGUACUUUUGUUUGUCUCAACUUAAGCCAAAGUAAAUUAUAAUCUAUUGAAUCAAAAGCACUGCUAAAGUCUAGAAAACAAGAGUAUAUUGAAGCG